ACAGCAGCCUCAUGGAAGAUGAUAUCGUGCAUGAUGAGGACCCGCCCGUGACCGCGCCCAAACGACGCUGCUGCAGCAAAGCUCCUGCAGGGGCGGAGGCGACUCCCGAUGAGAUCUUUCAGGUGAUCAACAGCAUCGACUGGUCGCAGAAGAAGCCGCUGGUGACCCGCGAGGUGACCGUCGGAGACUACACCUGGGACCGCAGCAGCAUUCUGCUCUCGGUGGGGCCACCGGGGCCACAGCAGAUCCGGCUGCGGGGUGGACGGAAUCGCGAUCUCAUGAAGAAAGCCUUGCAGGAAUGUCUCGAUUCUGAGCGUUCUGUAUGGCUUGGCUUCAAGAAAUUUCGCGUUGGGAUGCCUUGGUGUUUGGUGCUUCGCUGUCCCUGCCUGGUGUUGUCCAUGACCCUUCUGGCGGUCUUCGGCUUGAUCGGCCUGGGCGUCACCAGCGCGCCCAUCGUGUUGAAUACCGACUUUGACUCCUUCAUGGACUCAGACAGCGCUGCAUCGUUGAAUUUCAAUUCCAUCGUGCAGGCGAUCAACGACGCCCGCGCCGCUGCAGCGGGGCGACGUCUCAUGGAAGUGGAGCAGCCCGAAGGAGACCUUCAUAGUCUUGAAGAGUUGGGAUUGGUCUUGGAGGACGGCACCCCAGCUGGUCGGAGGUUGCAGUCAGGUCUGAAACUGUAUCGAACCUUUAGCUUUCAGCUCACCUACGCACGAGAAGAUGGAGGUAAUUUGAUGAGCGAGGCUACUCUUCGAUACAUGAGGAAUAUCGAGGUUUUGGUGAAGUCCUUCAGCGACUACCAGGCCUUAUGUGCCGAGGCAGAAGCGAGAUAUAAAAAUCAUUGCGACCCUGGCAUUUCUCUCCUGAAUAUGGUCUUCCCUUUCCAAGCACCCGACGGUCAAGACACAAGGCUUUACCUCAAUGGCACGGGGAAUGCGGUGCCAUUAGCCGUGGCAGUGGCUCUUGCGAAAGAGGAAGGGCUAACCAACUUCGUGUGGCCUGAAAGUCUGGCGAAUUCGGAGGUGAGGAUUGUGGGUGUCCGUGCGUGCGGCGAUUUGGUGCGCACCUGUCAGAAAUGGAAGGACCAAGGUCAAUGUCUUCCAGGUGCUACACAUCAAGCCUAUAUGGAGGACUUCUGCAAAGCCACCUGUGGAAUUUGCGACAAGGCUGUGCCAGAGGCAGAGAUCACUGAUGCAGGUCCCGAGGCUGUCACCGUGAUGCGCUCCUACUUCACCCUGCAGGCCUAUUGCUGCACCGCAGGUCAGGGUGGUCAGAGAGCCAAAGUUCAAGCUCUAGACAGCUCCUGGAAGCGUUUCGUCGGAGAGUUGGUGUCCAUCAUCGCAGCCAAGAACGACUUUGGGGGCGUGCGCAUUUUCUACAGCGGCUAUGGCAUCGAAACCUACGAGAGUCUGGCCGCAGUGGCCAGUGACGCGAAAUUUGCCGUGAUGUCCUACGCCUUCGUAAUGAUCUACGCCACGCUGCACACCCGCAGUCCGUUCCUGGCCUUGGUCGGGCUCUUCCUGGUGAUGCUCUCCAUCCCAGCCACGCUGGCGGUCUUCGUCUUGGUCUCUGGAUCCGGGGAAUUCAGUUUGAUGAUGUGUCUCAGUGUCUUCAUCGUUAUUGGAGUUGGCUCUGACAUGCUCUUUGUCUACACGGACUUCUACAAGCAAUCUUUGUUGUUUUCCAGGGAGCCGGUCGACAGAUUGAAGUUCACAUACAUGCAGGCUGCCAGUAGUACAGCGGCCACCACCUUCACCACGGCCAUGUCCUUCUUUGCGAACUUGGCUUCGGUGCUGCGACCGCUGAGGGAGUUCGGAUUCUUCAUGGGCGUCUGCGUCACCUUAGCCUGGCUGAUUGUGUUCCUGGCCUAUCCAUCAACCCUGGUCAUUGGUGAGCGCUUACACACCUGUUGCAGGCGUUGCAUCCUGGCGGAGACGUCGACGUCGUCGACGUCGUCGUCGCGGAAGUCGGUGGCGCAGCAGGCGAAACGGAAGAGUAUGGUGAUGUUGGCCGACGCCUUAGACCCCAGCAAGAAAGGCGUGGGAGCCGCGCAGGCAGGUGGCUGCCUCGGGGAUCUCAUGCCCAAGGCCAUCGAAAGGUUCAAGUACCCCUUGGUGCUUCUAUUCUUGGGCAUCACCGGGUUGCAAGCCUAUUUGGCGGUCUCCAAUAUGGAACAAGCUACUGGGAUCCCGCAGACCUUUCCCGAUUGGCACAACCAGGAGGCGGGUAAGAAAUAUGAGGAUCUUUUUGCACCGUUCGAAUGGCGCACCAUCGAUAGGAACACCUACCCAGAGUACUUCCUGAAAUGUUCCAAGCUGUUCCGCGCGUGUCCGUUCCAUCGUUGCGAAACCCAUGGCGAUCGCGUGGGAAACCUCUCCAGUUGCGAAUGCUUCUCACAUGAUUCGACGGCAGUACCUUCUGCCGACUGCACCAACUAUCAGGUGCAGACACGUGUUGUCGGCCGCGAUGGUUUGGAAACGCAACACUUCUUGUCCAGCGACUUAGAAGAGCAUCUGCAAAAGCUGUUCCCAGGAGGAACACUUCAAGUUUCAGCGAGAGCUUCGGCCUCGGUGUUGGAAACCCUUCACUGGGACACUGGGCAAGAAGACCUGAAAGUCAUGCUGCAGGUGCCAGAUGUCGUGGUGAUCAAUGCGAACGCUGCGAACGCUGCGACUUGUUUGAUGCAAGAGAUCUGCUACUGCGGAGUGCAACCCUGCGAAAGCUCAGACAGAGGAGCUUCUUUGGGCCACGUUCGCUUGGAUGGUGCGUCGCAGGCCUUGUCAGCACGGCGCCUGGCGGUGACCACCACCUCUGAACCCCUUCUGCCACCCGAGGUGCAAGCAGAUGUGUUGGUGGUCUUUGGCAUGGUGGUGACUGGCACAAAUCCGCUGCUCGGCGUGUCCAAGGACGAGCCUUACGGCUUUUCCAGCGACUUUCGCUUGGAGGAUCCCUGGGCACAGCGCCGGAGUUUGGAUCUCUGUGUGAACCCUCCCGAGGAGUUGAAGAUCAUCAGCUUGAACUGUUGGUUGGUGGGUUUCCGCAGUUGGUGGAUCGCCCAAAACGAAGAAUGGCCGGUGCGACCCAACAAGGAUUUCCAUGCGCAGGCCUAUAGCUAUGCUCAGAGAAUGAAGACUGGAAGCUUCCAGACGACUGAUUUCCUGUGGUUUGACGACAAUCGCAAGCUGAUCGCGAUGUAUGUUCAGGCCUACACCAAUGUGAAUCGCUUGGGUGGUUCCGCAGUUGGUCUGGAUGCGAUGAAGAAAUGGGACCGUUUUCUGGCAGAAUUCAACAGUCAGGCGGAAGCCUCGAUCAAGGGCGCCUGGCACGCCUCGAGGCUGUGGAGUAUGAGCGAAGCCGAGAAGGUGAUCUUGGAUUCCACGUUGAUCACGUUAUGCAUCUCUCUGGGCUGCGUCUUCUUGGGCGUCUUGGUCUUCACACGUUCCACGCACCUGGCCAUCAUCGUGAUGACCAUCGUGAUGACCAUCGUCAUUGGCCUGCUAUUCUUCAUGGUCAUUAUCAUGAAGUGGUCCAUCGGCGCCAUCGAAGUUCUCUCGCUGAUUGUCUUCGUGGGCUUUGCCGUGGACUACUGUUUGCAUCUGUCGCACAAGUACCAUUCGUGUCAUAUCACGGAUGUAGAGGAGAUUGAUGAAGUCGAAGAAGAGGAGGUUCCGGAGAACGAAACCAUGGCGCAGCGGAUUGGCAGGAAGAGUAUGUCCAUGGCAGGUGCCGUGGCCAAACCUGGCGGCACCAAGCGUGUGAGCAUGAAGAUCUCCGAUGCCCCGGCCGCUAAGGCGACCACCGAGAAGAACAAGAAGGUCCUCUCGAAGAACCGGAGUGCCGAACGCUUUGAACGCUCCAAAUAUGCCUUGGAACGCAUCGGGGGGUCCAUUGUGGGAUCUGCUUUGACGACCAUUGGCUCUGCAUGUUUCCUCUUGCCCUGCACGAUGCAUGUCUUCUUCAAGCUGGGAGCUGUUGUCUGCGGGGUGACGAUCUACGCGGUGAUCUUCUCGUUGAUUCCGCUGCCGGCGGUGCUGAUGUGCUUUGGACCUUGCGGUCACGACUUCCGAUCGAUCCUGGAACUCCUUGGGCGUGCUGCUCAGAACAUCAUGCCGGAAGAUGACGAUGAGGAAGACGAAGAGGAGAUGCUCUCGGUGCAUCCGGUGGCCGAAGUCGAGCACCGACGCUACGUGCUGAAUAUGCCCAGCAAGGGAAUGGGCCAAGUGGGAGACUCCACGCACUUUCAGCCCACGCGCACCAGAAUCGCCGUCCAUGGCUGACGCGUUUCUGACGCUUCUCACGUGAGGUGUACAAAGCUGGAGUUGCUGCGCCGUCAAGCUAGUUGGAUAGUACCCGG